AUGAAAUCACUUUCCUGGGAAGAAAAGGGCAUACGUGUUGAUGGAAGAUUUCUCUCAAACUUUCGUUUCGCGGACGACAUCGUUCUCUUUUCGAGCAGUACCGGUGAAGCAGAAACGAUGCUGAACGAACAGAACGAAGCAGGGAAGAGAAUAGGACUGCGAAUAAACAGAAAGAAGACACAGUUCAUGAAGAACGCCUACUGCGAGGACGGAGGAGUACAACUUGAAGGCUCCCAAAUCGUGGAAACUUCGUCAUACGUAUACCUCGGAUGUUCUAUGAACAUGGAAAACGACUUGAAGGAAGAAGUGAAUAGAAGAAUGAGAGCAGCAUGGGCAGCAUUCGCAGCCGUCAGGGAAGCUACGGACCAACUGACGGGCCAAGAUCUUCGUGCCCAUCUGUUCGACUUGACAAUUCUUCCAGCGCUCUGUUACGCAGCGGAGACGUGGGCAGACACCGCUGCCACGUCUAGGAAGCUGCUUACUACUCACAGAGCCCUUGAGAGGUGCCUUCUAAAGUUUAACCGGCGCACACAACACCUGCACGGUCUUCGCAGCUUCGACUUAAGAGGACUGUCCCGUCUUCGCAACCCAGCGGAAUAUGUAUCGAAAGCAAAACAUAGAUGGGCCGGUCACAUCAUGAGAAGAAUCGACGAUAAAUGGACUAAAAGAAUGCUAGAGUGGAUCCCUGGAGAUGCUAAACGCCCUCGAGGGACCGCCAACGAGGUGGUGUUCGCUACACGGAUGGACCAGCUGAGAGCUCCGCUGGAUAUGACUCAGGGAACUCGUCAACGUCACUCACGAAGCUUGAGAACAUCUUGGAUGACAAUGGCGAGGGAACGAAACGAGUGA